AUGCUCUACGUAAUCGGCCUGGGUCUUGCCGAUGAGCGUGAUGUGUCAACAAAAGGCCUCGAGAUCAUUCGACGAGCCGAGCGUGUGUACCUCGAGUCGUACACUGCCGUCUUGCUCGUAGAUCAGCAGCAACUGGAAGCCUACUAUGGUCGCUCAGUCAUCCUGGCCGACCGCGAAAUGGUCGAAUCACAAUCCGACGAGAUUCUCGCCGACGCCCACCGAAUCGAUGUCGCUUUCCUAGUGGUUGGCGACCCGUUCAGUGCUACGACCCAUACCGAUCUAGCGCUACGAUGCAGACAGCAUGAUCCACCGAUUCCCACCCGAACUCUGCCGAACGCCUCGAUUCUGACAGCUGUCGGUGCAACUGGUCUGAGCCUCUACAACUUUGGUCAGACCGUUUCCAUGGUCUUCUUCACAGAUGACUGGAAGCCAGACAGCUUCUACGACCGGAUCGCAGAGAACAAUACUUUGGGUCUACAUACCCUAGUACUGCUUGACAUCAAAGUGAAAGAGCCGGAUCUAAAAGCACUUGCCAGAGGAAAAAUCAUCUACGAGCCACCACGCUUCAUGUCAGUCGCACAGUGCGCCAGCCAGAUGGUGGAGGUGGAAGAGACGCGGCAGCAGAGUGUAUGUGGCAAGGAGAAGCUUGCCAUAGGUGUGGCUCGGCUUGGCAGCGAUGGAGAGCGCAUCGUCGCUGGAACACUCCAGGAGCUCUCAGACGCAGAUCUUGGGCCUCCAUUGCAUAGCUUGGUACUAUGCGGCAAGAGGAUGCAUGAGAUGGAGUGGGAAUACGCCAGGGAGUUCGCGAUCGACAGGGAAGGAUUCGACCGCAUAUGGAAGCGUGAUUACGCAGGUAAGGUCUAG